UUUUAUUGUGCGUUUGACAACCAUUUCCUCAAGUCAUGAAUCAUGGAUGGCGGAGGAUGAGAGUAUCAAAUGUCAAAUUUUAUCUGGUGGCGAGGGCGAUGGAGCAACAGCAAGUUUAAUUCUUUUGAAAUAACUAACACCACGCUACAACAGCUCCUUCAAGCAAAAAGAUCAAAGGUUGAUACUGAUUUUGUGAAACAAAAUUCCAUCCAAGAAACUCCCUCACUCUCUUUCCCAACGUAUAUUCAAAUCUCACUCAAGUAAAAAUAUUAUGCACACUGCAACUUCAAAACUUAUUUAUACUUCAACCCAGCAUCGUCAUGUAGCAUAGUCGUGUACAUAUGCAACGACAGGAUGUAAUAAGAGUGUUGGACUGACCUUUGACCGGGGGACAAAAUUAUAUGUAUCAAAGGUUGAAGGUGAGCAAGGAUUGAUAACGGUCUAGACGAAUACUGCUCAUAAAAAUAUUUUUUAUGGAAAUGUAUUGAAAUAAAAAAAAUGAUACAUGUCGACAGCAUUAAAAACUUAGCAUUUAAAAAUUACAUUUGCUCAUGAAACAGAGUGAGAAACUUUUUUGGAGAGAAAGUGGGAUUGCAGUUGACGUCUGGACUGCUUUCAUUGCAUUAUGACUCACCAAUUCCCGAGCAGCACGACAACGGAUAAUAUAAAUGCAUAUCUCCGUAAGUUCUUGUUUCGAUCGUUUGAACAUGCCACUUUUUUAUUUGAUUAUAAUUCAACUUUCGAAACAAUAAAACAGUGCACUAUUUGACUAUGCGUGAUGAAGUGGUGGUGGAGUGGUACACCUCGGAUCACUUCCACCAACCAGACUUUUUGGCUUGCCCGGAGAAUCCUACCCCGUCUCCGACCAAGAUGCCAUAAGACAUCAGUAUGUAAAACUGCAUACUCUGAGUCUAUGGGGGUGAUUACAGAUCACGUCGCUUUUUUCGAAAAAAGUUUUUUUUCAUAAUGUGUGUACUAAAUAUGUUAUAAAUUUUUACUAAAAAAUUAUUUAUUUUACAAAACCUAAAUUUUUUAUAGUUUUUAAUCAAAAUUUGUAUAUUUUGCUGUCGCCUCAUAAAUUUCGCUAUGCCCCUUUUCGACGAUGCGGGCUUUCCACACUGAAUAUACUCUAUGUCUGUCGUUAAUGCGUCAAAAUAUGCAAACGAGGUGGCCCUCUACUUAUAUUAUAUGUGUGUGUCCCCUCCCAUUCAUUUGUAACUCUUCGAAGUUAGCUGGCAACUCAGAUAAGCGAGGUAGGAAAUCUCCGACCAAAUCAUGAAGUCUGCCACCAACAACCCACUUCGGUAGGCGCGCAUAAAAAAUCAAAAAAAUAGUGGUGACCCAUAGUCCCUUAAUUGCUAAUAAAUUGUAGUAUUUUGAAUCAUUCUUCUAACUGAGGUGACGCCAGCGUGUUACACGAAACCAGGCUGAAAUGUCUAAUAACGAAGUGGAAGAAGCCAUCAAGCGGAUAAUGGCGUAUAAGGGAGUAGUUGGACUCAUUGUGAUUAACAACGAAGGUAUCCCGAUCAAGUCAACGUUGGAGAAUUCCCUGAGUAUCCAAUACGCAGCUCACGUGACUCCUAUGGUCGACAAAACCCGAUCCAUGAUCAAGGAGCUCAAUCCCGAUGACGAGCUUACUUUUAUUCGACUUCGGACCAAGAAACAUGAAGUUCUAGUCUGUCCAGAGCAAGAAUAUUCCAUGAUUGUGAUUCAAAAUCCCAUCGACACUUGAAAUCUCACUCGUUAAUUCUAAUUUGUUGUCUGAAUUAUAGAAAGUCAGCACACGAAAAAUUUCUAACUCAGUAUAUUGUUUCAUCAACUUCAAAACAAUAGGCAUCUUAAUUAAUAUUGUAAUUAUAUAUGAUUAUAGCACUAAAAUAUAUCAAUCAUGUAUGGGACCCACCCCUCAUUUGAAUA